AUGGCUCUGUAUCCCUUGAUUUUAAGUCUUCUGGAUUGCUUUCCAGCUGAAGUGAGACCUCUUCAUUCUCUGUGCUUCUGCCUUUCCUUACAGAUCCAGUUAAUUCUUGGAUCAUUUCCAAUAAUAGUGUGGAAUGGAUCAAUCAUGAUGAUUUCAUAGAACUUUGAUUUUUCAUUUUGUCCAACCCAGUAAGAGUUUAGGACUCUCAGACCUCCAAGAGCCUUUCCUGCUCUCUGCUCAGCCAAAGCUCUAAGGGAUCUACCAGCCUUGAGCUUGUGGAUAUCUUAGUUGACUGGCUUUCCGUCAACAACACCUUUUGGAGCAACUUUCUUCCACCUCUGUUGACUCUGACUCUGUUGAUGGCAUAUCCUUGCUUUCUCUUAUAACCAAGUCUUCUAGCCUUGUCUGGUCUGGUUGGUCUGGUGACUCUUGUAAUGGCAGAGUAUUAUCUGAACUCCCAGUUUCUGAAUCUUGU